UUGGGCCCAAUCUAAAAUGCUCCAUUCUUUAGGUUGCCCCGUAUACAUCAACAAAAACUUCUCAACAGACAAGGAACAAGGAGUGACCCAACUUUGAUCAGUAGAAUCGUGUUUCGUUUCCUCACUUUCUUGCUUAACGUCUAGACUUUUGAUUUACGAGUAAUGUUAGCUUUGAGUUUCUCUUGGUCAUUUUCACAAACACCUUUCGCUCAACGUUAACCUAGGAAAUUUGGGCUAUCUUAUUUUGACGCUCUAUCAGCUUUCGAUAGACUGAAGUGUGCAUUGCUUAUUGUCAAUCAUGAUCAGAAUCAGAUCUAACUUACCCGUUUUCUCUGUUGUGCUAUCACGCAUCGGCCAUAACUCACUCGCGUUUAAUCACUGUCAUGUAGUAGAGGAGCCCGUUAUGAGUGCUAUUUUCAAUUUCUAUAACCCUUUUAAGUCUGAAACUUUCUUUGCACUACCAAAAUUUGGUUUCUCAGUUAGGCACUUCUCUGCUUCAUCUUCAACCAGAAGCCUUGGGGUGGUAACUGAUGCCCCUGCACAUGAGGACUUGAGUGAUGAUGAUGAUGAUAAUGAUGGGGAUGAGGAUGAGGAUGAUGGUCAUGGCAAAAAAAAACUACAUUUAAGGGAUGACGCUAUUGCCCAAGAUGUUAAAACCAUUUUGGAUAUAAUGCAUGAAGUGGGUUCUGGACCAUCUCAAAUUAAGCACAAGCUUGAGCAUUGCAGUGUUGUGCUAUCAUCAGAGGUGGUUGUGGAGGUCCUUUCGAGAACUCGCAAUGAUUGGGAAGCAGCUUUCACAUUUUUCUUGUGGGCUGGCAAGCAACCUGGGUAUGUUCAUUCGGUUCGCGAGUACCAUUCUAUGAUCUCUAUCCUUGGCAAGAUGAGGAAGUUUGAUACUGCUUGGACAUUAAUUGAGGAAAUGAGAGGAGGUAGAACUGGUCCAUCUCUUGUCACUCCUCAAACCUUGUUGAUUAUGAUCAGGAGAUACUGUGCUGUACAUGAUGUUGCAAGAGCUAUCAAUACUUUCUAUGCUUAUAAACAGUUUAACUUUCAUGUUGGGCUAGAGGAAUUUCAAAGCCUUCUUUCUGCCCUUUGUCGGUAUAAGAAUGUGCAAGAUGCUGAACACUUACUGUUCUGCAACAAGAAUGUAUUCCCACUUGACAUCAAAAGCUUUAACAUCAUUCUGAAUGGAUGGUGUAAUUUGAUUGUUAGUGUUUCUCAGGCAGAAAGAAUAUGGCAGGAGAUGUGCAAGAGAGGGAUCCAACACGAUGUUGUCUCCUAUGCAAGUAUCAUAUCUUGCUAUUCAAAAUCUUCUAGACUUUAUAAGGUGCUCAGGAUGUUUGAUGAGAUGAAGAAAAAGAAGAUCACUCCAGAUAGGAAGGUUUAUAAUGCAGUCAUUUUUGCUCUUGCAAAGGGUAGGCUUGUGAAAGAAGCUGCCAAUAUCAUUGCAACAAUGGAAGAGAACAAUGUAACUCCAGAUGUUGUUACUUACAACUCCCUGAUCAAGCCUCUCUGCAAGGCCCACAAAGUUGAUGAAGCAAAACAACUUUUUGAUGAGAUGCUGGAGCGGCGCCUAUCCCCGACAAUUCAAACUUUUCAUGCUUUCUUCCGUAUGUUAAGGACCAAGGAAGAAGUAUUUGAGCUCUUGGACAAGAUGAAAGAGCUGGGAUGCUACCCAACCAUUGAGACUUAUAUAAUGUUGAUAAGAAAGUUUUGCCGCUGGCGCCAGCUUGAUGAUGUAUUCAAGAUAUGGGAUGCAAUGAGAGAAGAUGGCAUCAGCCAUGAUCGAAGUUCUUAUAUAGUACUGAUUCAUGGGCUGUUUCUCAAUGGAAAGUUGGAGCAAGCAUACAGAUAUUAUGCAGAGAUGCAAGAGAAAGGCUUCCUUCCUGAACCAAAGACUGAAGAAAUGCUUCAGGCAUGGGUUUCUAGGAAACCGGCAAUAGAGGGCCAGGAGACAGAUUUAGAACCUAAUCAACUGGAAAAUGAUACUCUUAAAAAGAAAGUGAAGGCCGUACCAAGUAAAUUUGACAGGGAAAAAGCUUAUCUUCAGGAACCUGAGACCAGAAGAGUAACAAGAGAACGGGGUUUUUCUUUUUGGGAGCAGUAAAUCCUUAUUUGACAAGAGUUUCAAUGACACUAGUACUUUAUCUAUGAAGAUGAUGCUUGUUGGCCAGCAUACCUUUUAAAUUUGAAUGUAUAUAAGUGGAUGGCAUGCUCUAUUCUUGGUUUAUAACCAGACUUCAACUUACUAAUCACAAGAGCUGCAAGGCUUGUGCAAUUCAUAACAACCCAAGUUUGCUAGUUGUUGUUAGAUUAUAGUGAUCUAAACGUCAUUGCUCCUUUACUAGCAGUUAACCUGUGUGAAUGUUGAAAUACUAGAGCUGAACUCAGGUACUUGUGUGUUUCCUCACGAGUUCGGUAUAAAUUCCACAACUGGAGCUAGAAACUCAAGCCAUUGCUGUGAUCCCUUUGAUUGCAGAGAAAAAUUUGAAUUGAUAGUUGCUUGCAAUGCAAGGUCAUAUUAUUGUAUA